GUGGCGAACAUGUACUAAAAGACUUUGCGAGCGACAUUAAAUUAAGAAAAAAAGAAGAGGAUAAGGAAAAGGAAACAGCGGGCAGCAACCAGCAACAGAAAAAUACUGAACAGCUCUCCUGCGGAAAUUCACAUUUGCUGGUGCUCCGUGAGACACAUCUAAGGUUCGGCGGAACUCCGCCCCAUGCAUUGAGUUUGAAAAUUGCAAGACAACUUCGUCCACACUGGAACGACUGAUAUCUGACUCCAACAUGUCUCAACAAGCAGCUGCUCUACAGACCUAUAACAAUGAACUCGUCAAGUGUUUUGAUGACUUGUUUUCCAAGAGGGAACGGUUGAGGAAUCAGAUCAAGCAAGAAGAAGAGAUUAAGGAACAGCUCCAUUGUGACAUCCACAAUCUCUCGGAGAAGCUGAACAAAGUUAAUAAAAGCCUGGCACAAAAAACGGCUGCAUAUGACACCAUCGAACGCACCAUUUCAGAGACGCAGUCCGCAUACACAAAGAUCUUGGAGAGUUCACAGUCUUUACUGAGUGUCAUGAAGCAGGCUGGCAACCAGUGAAAACUUUU